UUCAUUUCCUGCUCUGGAUGGGCGUUUCUCUCCUACAGCUCUCAGAAACCAGGAAAACAGGAGACCAGCAGAGCUCUCAGUCCAGAACGAGGCUUAACCCAGCAAAACCUCAAGAAUGUCUGUGUCUGUAUGGGAUGAUCUGAGUCUUCUUCUGGACUCUCCAGACUCUUUAACAGUUACCUCUACUGCCAGAGGCACGGUUAAAGAGAAGCCAGGCUUUAAUGCAGGAGAGGACGUUGCUGCUUUAAGGAAGGCUUUAGAAGGCCUGGGAACCACUGAGAAGACUCUGAUCGAGGUUUUAACUCAGAGGAGCAAUGCCCAGCGCCAGCUGAUCUGCAAAGCGUACCAGCAGACAACCGGAAGGACUCUCGUUGAUGAUCUGAAGGGAGAUACCGGUGGAGAUUUUGAGGACAUCCUGCUGGCCCUGGUCACGCCCCCCGCUCAGUAUGACGCCAAAGAAUUUAUGAAGGCAAUUAAAGGUACUGGAACAACAGAAAGCACUCUGAUAGAGAUAUUUGCAUCCCGAUCGAACUCUCAGAUCAAGGCUAUGUCAGACGCUUACGCUGCAGAAACCGGGAGAACAGUUCUACAGGACCUGAAAUCGGAGGUUUCGGGGGAUUUUGGGAAAACUCUGCUCAUCCUCGCUGAGGGUAAGAGAGACGACAGUAAAAAUGUGGAUGCUGCCAAAGCUAAAGCAGAGGCCAAGGUUCUGUAUGAGGCUGGAGAGAAAAAGUGGGGGACCGACGAGAGCAAGUUCAUCGAUAUCCUCUGUCACAGGAGUGUUCCUCAGCUCAGACAGACUCUGGUGGAAUACAAGAACCUGACGGGGAAGACCCUGCAGCAGAGCAUCGAGAGCGAGAUGUCUGGAAAACUGGAGGACGUUCUGGUAGCAAUAGUGAAGUGUGUGAAAAGUGUCCCAGCAUAUCUGGCAGAGCUCCUGCAUAAAAGCAUGAAGAGUGUGGGAACCACUGAGUCCAUUCUGACCAGGAUUAUGGUGAGCCGGUCUGAGAUUGACCUUAUGGACAUCAAGGCGGAGUAUAAAAACUUGUACGGCUGCACCUUACACUCUGCAAUCCAGUCAGACGUGGGCGGGGACUAUGGCCAGUGUCUGAAGCUGAUUUGCGGAGGGGAUAACUGAGUGGGCAGGGCUAAGGGUUUGCCCCACCCACAGAAGAAUCCUGAUUUUCCAAUGACUAAACAUUUCAACAUCUUAACCCCCUACAUUUAAUCUCUUUUCUAUUCAGUUUGAUUUUGGUUUCACAGCUAACUUUAUCUUAUUCAAACCAUAUAAUCUUCUUAAUCUUCCAGUUACAUUCCUAUACUUAUUAUUGUUUUAAUUGGUUUUAACACUUUGUUGUUAUCAGAGAAAAACCUUAUUUCUCCAUUUUUGCAGUUUAUUAUGGCAGUUGUUCUUUACAGUGUGUCAAAAGUUCAUGAUAAAUAGACCAAUAGAAAUGCUUGUGUCAUCUAUAAUUGUGCUAAACGAUAUAAUUGUCAUUUGCAAACUUCUUAUGCCUUAUUUUAUUAUAUGCUCAUUCAUUCAACACAUUGUUAAAUCAAAGAAGCGAUAAAUUAGAACCAAUCAAUUCUCUUUUUCAAUUGAUUUGGACAAAAAUCUGUGUGUCUAUUUAUUUUAUUGUUGAUGAUUGAUUAAGGCUUACAGCCAAUGAAAACCCAAAAAUCUGUGAAAUCUUAAAUAUUAUAUAAGACCAAUUGGUACUUUUGGCAGUGUGGCAAGUCCUGCUGGAAAAUGAAAUCUGCAUCUCCUUAACACCAGCAGAUGACAUGGCUCUUUCAUAAACAUUUUCAUAAAUGCUUAAAUAGAUCACUCUGUGUUUAAUACAUCUAUAUAAUAUAUGAGUUUCCCAUUUUCAAUUGAAUCAAUGAUGUUCAUAAAUAUAUUUUUUGAGAUGCACCUCAAAAAGAGGAACAUAUAAAGUGCUUCUGCUUGAUUGCUGGAUUAAAACCUGUCUCCAAUCAAAGAAGAAAAUCAAAGUAUAUAUCUGUAUAUAACUGUAAAUAUGAAUGAACUGUAACCCUAACCCAGACUCCAAGUAAAAUAACGACUUCCCCUCCAGUCUGAUACGUCCGGAGACUACAGGAAAACCCUCCUGAGGAUCUGUGGAGCAGAUGACAAGGCCUGAGCUCAAACCUAAUCAAAUCCUGAGCCCGAGAAACACUGAAGAAACCGACUGAGGGAAAAUUCUGCAGCCUUUUCUGUAUCUGUACUUUAUUUUGAUCACAUGUUUCCAGUGUAGCAGAGCUUCUGCUGUGUGCCGUAUCAGUGUUUCUCAGCCCUGCGCCUGGAGAUCCACUGUCCUGCAAAGUUUACUGAUUUUUUAGUGCUCUUCCUGCUUUAUCACACCCAUUUUAAAGGAGAACUUUAUUGUAAAAUUGAGUUUUGUUGUAGUAAAACAAAAAAAGUUCUUACCUUUUAUGAGUAGCACACCUCCGUUCUCCCACAGCGUUCUGAGAUCCAGAAAUUUUAACGGUUUCUCCAAACACUCUUCAGACUGGGUGACACGGAGCAUAAUUUACCCUGAUAAAUCACUUUUUACGCCGUUAUCCAGCUCAAAGUAGGUCCACACCUCCUUGCUAGAAUCCGGAGAGCCCUGACAUUUAAAACGAGGCAUUAAUAACUUAAAAAGUGCAGAAGAAGCUUAUUAAAAACCACUGUUUACAUCCUUUCAUGCUACUGGCUUUAGAUCCGAGCGCCGCCAUCACUGUACUGAUAUAUAUAUAGACUCUAAAUAGUCUGCCUCCUGGCGCCGGCUGCGAUACUAUGCUAUGUAUGUUAUUAUCAGUACAGUGAUGGUGGCGCUCGGAGCUGAAAACUAUGUAGCAUUAUAGGAUGUAAACAGUGGUGUUUAAUAAGCUUCUUCUGCACUUUUUAAGUUAUUAAUGCCUCGUUUUAAAUGUCAGGGCUCUCCAGAUUCUAGCAAGAAGGUAUGGAGCUACUUUGAGCUGGAUAACGAUGUGAAAAGCGACUUAUCAGAAAAAUUAUGAUGAUAAAGUAUUUUAUCAUGUUUUACUACAACAAAAGUCCAUUUUACACCAGAAUUCUCCUUUAACUCAAUACUGGACUGUAAAUUAGUUAAAUGGUUUCCUGUCAUGUCCCUGGGCCUCCAGGAUCAGGACUGAGAAACACUGUGCGCUAAAGUAUGUGAAGAAUGUGAAGAAUGAGGGUUGAAGUGAGUCAUGUAUGCAAUAUGUUGACCAACUGCCUUAAAAAUGCUUAUAGGUUAACCAAAGGUUUAUCUCUGAAAUAUAUAAACACAUAUAUAAAAGCUGUUAUCUUUGCAUUUCUAGCAGUACAUUGUACUUUAAAGUUUGUUUUUGACAAAUAAAAAAAAUAAAAGAAAUGAAAA